CGACCCCGUGUGGGCGGGGGGAGUGCCGCAAGGUUCCUCAGGAGCCAAUAGAGAAGAGGAACGACGAAGCGCUUCCUGAGUUCGAGGGUCGGCGGAAGAUGGCGGCUGCUGAAAGGGGUUGGUUCUUGUGCGAGUUAUUGAGGUUUUUUUAUUCAUUACUUUUGCCCGGGCUAUUCGUAUUUGGAACUUUGUGUGUGUGUUUACUUAUUGUCCUUUGGCGUUUCCGACUGCUGGUACAGAGAAAGAAAAAGUCAGCAUCAUCUAGCAAAACUGGAAAAAAUCAAACGGUGAUUGCAUUUUUCCAUCCAUACUGCAAUGCUGGCGGAGGAGGAGAAAGAGUGUUAUGGUGUGCCUUAAGGGCUCUACAGAAAAAGUAUCCAGAAGCACUUCAUGUUGUUUAUACUGGCGAUGCCGACGUCAGUGGCCAACAAAUACUGGAAGGUGCUUUCAGAAGAUUUAACAUCAGGUUAACUCGCCCAGUGAAGUUUGUUUUCUUAAGGAAGCGCUACCUUGUGGAAGAUUCACUCUAUCCUCAUUUCACACUGCUGGGCCAAAGUCUGGGAUCCAUUUUCCUGGGCUGGGAAGCUCUGAUGCAGUGUGUUCCUGAUGUUUACAUUGAUUCAAUGGGCUACGCUUUCACACUUCCUCUGUUUAAGUAUCUAGGUGGUUGCCGAGUUGGAAGCUACGUUCAUUACCCCACCAUCAGCACGGACAUGCUCUCCGUCGUGAAGAAUCAGAAUGUGGGAUUUAACAACGCAGCCUUCAUUACCAGGAAUCCUUUUCUCAGCAAAGUAAAGCUCAUCUACUACUAUUUAUUUGCUUUUAUGUAUGGGCUUGUUGGUUCUUGCAGUGACAUCGUCAUGGUCAAUUCUUCUUGGACACUGAACCAUAUUCUCUCACUGUGGAAGGUUGGGAACUGCACUAAUAUUGUUUAUCCACCUUGUGAUGUACAGACAUUCUUGGAUCUUCCCUUACAUGAGGAGAAGGCAACCUCGGAACACUUACUGGUUUCAGUUGGCCAGUUCAGGCCUGAAAAGAACCAUCCUUUGCAGAUCAGAGCCUUUGCUAAAUUGUUGAAUAAGAAGGAGAGUGAAUCUCUUCCUCCACUUAAACUUGUGCUCAUCGGAGGUUGUCGUAACCAAGAUGAUGAACUCAGGGUAAACCAACUGAGAAGGCUUGCUGAGGACCUCGGAGUUCAAGAAGACGUGGAAUUUAAAAUAAACAUUCCGUUUGAUGAGUUAAAGAAUUACUUGUCUGAAGCAACAAUUGGUCUGCAUACCAUGUGGAACGAGCAUUUUGGGAUUGGAAUUGUUGAGUGUAUGGCAGCCGGCACGAUUGUCCUCGCACACAAUUCGGGGGGCCCGAAGCUUGACAUUGUUGUUCCUCACCACGGCGAGAGGACUGGAUUCCUAGCUGAAAGUGAAGAGGCCUAUGCUGAGACUAUGGUUCAUAUUCUUUCUAUGUCUGCGGAACAGAGGCUCCAAAUCAGAAACAGUGCCCGUGCGUCUGUAAGCAGAUUCUCCGAUCAGGAGUUUGAAGAGACAUUCCUAUCGUCUGUGGAACGAUUAUUCCAAAAAUGCCACACCUGUACAGAUUAAAGAUGUUUUGUAUAAAAUGGUUGGAUACCUUCAUAUGUUAGUAUUUUUCUAAAUUCAUUCCUUGUUGUGAUAAAGUUAGUCUUAUCCUGACUCUUUUGAAAAGACCCUGAUGCUGGGAAAGAUUGAAUGCAGGAGGAAAAGGGGAAGACAAAGGAUGAGAUGGUUGGAUGGCAUCACUGACUCAAUGGACAUGAGUUUGAGAAAACUCUGGGAGUUGGUGAUGGACAGGCUUGGCGUGCUGCAGUCCAUGGGGUCGCAAAGAGUCGGACACGACUGAGCAACUGAACUGAACUGAAUUGAUGCUUACGCAAGGCCCUUGCUUAUCCAUAAGCAAGGCCCUCAGCAGUAUGUACAUAUAGCUAAGGUAUUUAUUUCAAUGGAAAAAGGCAGAAUUACCUAAAUGGGAAAGGUAACCUUAUAUAGUGUAAAUGUAAAAAUUUUAGAUUAGGGUUUGGGCUCAAAUUCUGAAAGAAAAGAAACAAUUUUAAUUUUGGUAUAAUUCAUUAUUUUAAAAAUUCUAUUUGUCAGGUUACUUUAGAAACUAGGAAAGAGAAUUUCCUUUUAGAAAAAACAGAAAUGUUGAAAAAAAAUGGAUGACUGAUAAUUGAUUAGUACUUUUUAAAGUCAUUUAAGAGGUCAGAACAUCGCAAUAAGUUAUUUUUCAGAUGGUGAUGAUGUAAAUGGGGAACCAUCCACAUGGUCUCUAAUCAGCAUCAUGCGUUGUAAGGUGACGAGGUGGCAGUUUGCAUAGAGCACCGGACUAGCAGGAAGAGUAGCUGGACCUGACCUCAGCUUCGUCAUCUACAAACGUCUGACCUUUUGAUGCAAAAGCUGCUCCUUAAUUUUUCUGAGUCUCAACUUCUUUCCCUGUAACCUGGAGCUGUAUUGGCUGUCCUCACUGCCUUUCAUAAUUGUAAUGAAAACAAAACACGGAAGGUAUGUGAAAGUACUUUAAAAAUUAUGAAGUUACUUUAAUUAAAGGUAACAAUAUGUGGUAAAUGUCUUCUGUACUCCUAUCUUUAUCAGUGCAUUAUGGCCCUAGGUAAAUUCUUGUUACUAAGCCAGUAACUAGGAGUCAGUAUAAUUUAACAGGACUUUUAUCCUGAAUAACUGGUAACCAGCAUGGAAAAAUGAAUAUAUGUGUGUGCAGAUAUGGUUAUUGAGAGCUACAACUUUCAGCAUUUGCUCCACACAUAAUCAGUUCCUUCUAGUGCAGUGAACUGACCUUCAUAGUCUUACACAUCUUCGUCUCAGGGGCAUAUGAAAGAGGUAAACUUUUCCUUUCCAGUCGCCUCUUGUCCAUUCAUGGAGUCAGCCAGCUUCAUUAUCUGCUUACAGUUACAUCGUUGAUUUGUCUGCAGGCCCUCUUCUGUCAUCAGACCAAAAAGCACCAAAACAGAGUCCAGGGAUGUUGACGUACCAGAGUACGCUUGUGCUGGAGAUUAUUCAGUUUAGAAAAGAAAAACUGGUGGAAACUGGAGCUGGAAGGAGCCCUAGUCUCGUUUCUCUUAUUUUCAAAUUUACAGAGAGGAACAAGGUAAAGAGCUUCAGUUCCAUCAGUAUCCCAGAGGUAUUUAAUGACAAUCAGGAUUAUCACCUGGAUGUAAAAAGCUCAGUGCUUUUCCUUCUCUUAUUAUUCUUCUUUGAGAUAAGAUCCAUGACCACUGCCCACUCAGCCUACCCAUCCACCCAAGGAAAAUCAUGGGACUAAAGAUAAAAUGAACAGAGCAAAAGUAGAGGAUGUAGUAAAGGAAGAAAGGAUUCUGAAAUUUCACAAAAUAUUAUUUAAACUCCUUUCUUCAAAAUGGUUUUCAUUUAUCACAAACAUUUCACUAAAAAUACAAUGUGCAUAUGUUAGCGUGUUCUCCUUCAGUGUUCCUAAUGCAGUAGUAAAUGUUUGUUUCUGAAUACCUGAUAUGAAGAAUGGCAAAGCUACUGUCUGUGGAGAAACUGAGUUUUGAUUCUGAUAAGAUGUUGCUUUUCAUGGUCCAAACAUGCUGUUUUGAACCCACAGCACUGGUGAUUCACAUUUUAUUUCUAGUUGUGCAUAAUAAACUAUAUUUACAUA